CGCGGCUGUUGCCUGGGCUCCGGUGCCCUCUUCUGGAUUUAUCAUGAAUGAAGUGAACAUGUUGAGCCAUUAAACUAUGGGUAGACAUGACGUCAUGUUGUUCAGACAGCAGCAGCAACACUACGUGUAAGUGGAUCAGACGUGUGGUUACGUACACGUGCUGUAAACCCGGUCAGAACCACGUGUUGCGGGUUUCCCGUCUGGGUGCGCGCGGAACUCCUUCCCCGGCCUGUUGUUCCUCCUCCAGGGUAGGACAUUUUUACAUGUAACACCAAGACCAAGAUGGCGGACUUGUCGUUGCUGCAGGACGAGGAGCUGGACGGACUCUCAGAGGACUAUUUAGAUGGCGAUGGUCUGGACUAUGACCAGCAGGAGGAGCUGUUGAGUCCUUUAGGUCGACUGGACAAAUACCUCAAGAGUGAAAACAUCUUCAACAGGCAGAUGGUGGCGAGGAGUCUGGUGGACACAGUACACGCACUAGGCGGGGAUCAAACUCACGUCACUGCUGUUGUAGAAAGAAUGAUUCAUCUUACAGAGGACCCUGAGCCGACAGUUCGAGUAGAGUUGAUGGAACAGCUCCCUCGUGUGGUGGCUUUGUGUAAUGACUGUGCCGUCUGGUCGGCCCUGCUGCCGGUGCUGCUGCGUUACCUUGGUGACAGCAACAACCAGGUGCGGAAGACGGCUCAGGCUGCCUUGCUGGUUCUUGUUGAGCAGGAAGUGUUGAAGUCAUGUGACCUGGAGAAGUGGGUGUGUCCAGUCCUGGUGGAUUUGAGUGCACCUGAUGCCAAUGAUGAUGUCAAGACCGAGGCUAUGGCCAUGAUGUGUCAGGUGUCUCGUGUGGUUGGGAAAGACGUCACUGAGAAACUCUUCCUGCCUCGGUUCUGUCAGCUCUGCUGUGACUGUCGCAUGUUCCACGUCCGCAAGGUGUGUGCAGCUAAUUUUGGAGAUAUGUGCAGUGUAGUGGGAGGUGAAGCUACAGAACAGCUCCUGCUGCCCAGGUUCUACCAGUUGUGUACAGACAGUGUGUGGGGCGUGAGGAAGGCGUGUGCAGAGUGUUUCACUGCCGUGUCUAUGGCUUCUCCACCCGACGUCAGACGGAAUAAACUCGCAAAGCUCUUCACCCAGCUCAUCAGUGAUCCCUCUAGAUGGGUUCGUCAGGCAGCUUUUCAAUCUCUGGGUCAGUUCAUCUCCAGCUUUGCAUCCAAACAGGAACCCCACACCAGUGGGAGGAUAGCUACUGUGGAAGCUGUCCUUCCAGUUCAGCCAGACUGCAUAUCCCACAAUUCCUUGCUGCCCAAAGAGGGAACAGAGGAGAGGAGGCGGGGCUCCUGUGAUAGUCACAGUGACCUUGACCUUUACGUCAGCACACACUCAUAUGUAAACUCACAAACACACUUGGACACAGAGGCAGAAGGAGCAGAAGAGGAGAGAAAAUUCAACUCCUUCUUUUACUGGAGGACUCCUACCCCCAUCAUCGACCUGAAGCUACUUCAGGAGAUCAACCAUGCCCUCCAGACCCCAGCCACACUUUCUGAUCACACCCUCAUUGCACCCUCUACACCUUCUGACUACACCCCUUCAGCCCCUCCCACACCCUCUGACCACACCCCCAAUAUGCCCUCUGCAACCUAUGACCACACCCUUUCAGCCCUGCCCACACCCUCUGACCACACCCCUUCAUCCCUGCCCACACCCCCUGCCCACACCCACACAGCCUCAGCCACAGCUGGUGGUGAGGAGCUGUCUAGUUCUUUUCCCUGUCUCCCCCUUCUCUCUUCUUCUCCUGCUCUGAGGAAAAGCCAAUUGGAGGACCUGAUAGAGAACCUGGAGCCCCACAUUGAUGAUCCAGAUGUCAAAGCUCAGGUCGAUGUGUUGACUGCCGCCCUCAGAGCCACCAUGGUGAAGGAUGGGCCAGAGGAGGAACAGACGAAGCCAGAGAUGAGAUCACCUCAGUGUCACAGAAAAGGUCAAAGGUUACUGGGAAACCUGGGGAACUCUUUCUCUUUGAAUUAUGACGUAGAUGAGGAUGGCAAUCCUGAAGAAGAAACAAGUUCUAAACAGCAGGAUGUGAUUCCUCAGGUUCUAUUGGACCAGUAUCUGUCUAUGACUGAGCCGUCUCGGGCUCAAACUGUUGACACGGAGAUAACUAGACACUGUGCCUACAGCCUGCCAGCUGUUGCCAUGACGCUUGGCAGAGCCAAUUGGAGCUGUCUGCGACCCACCUACUGUACCCUGGCCUCUGACAUGCAGUGGAAGGUUCGGAGGACUCUGGCCUUCUCCCUCCAUGAGUUGGCUCUGAUCCUGGGGGAGGAGCUAAUUUCAGAGGACCUGCUGCCAAUCUUCAACAGCUUUUUGAAGGAUCUGGAUGAAGUGAGGAUUGGAAUCCUGAAACAUCUUUAUGACUUCUUCAGGCUCCUGGGUUGUGAUGUUAGGAGGAAAUAUCUCCACCAGCUGCAGGACUUCCUGGUUACAGACAACAGCAGGAACUGGAGGUUCAGAUCAGAGCUGGCAGAGCAGCUGGUGUUGUUGCUGGAGCUGUACAGUGUUGAGGAGGUGUUUGACUUCUUCAGGCCUCUGGCCUUAUCUCUGUCCACUGACCAGGUGUCUUCUGUUCGAGAGACAUCUAGGAGACUGGUGACCGGUGUGAUGUGGAAGUUAGCGAGUUGUAAGACACUGCAGGCUGACUUCCUGUCUCAGCUGGUCUCCAAACUCUGUCAUGCUCCCAAGUGGUCACACAGACAGACCUACACUACUGUCUGCCAGUUAGCAGUAGAGGAGGAGUGUGUGUCUGUUGACCAGUUCUCACAGGUUCUGCUGGUCCCUCUGCUGCAACUGUCACACGACCCUGUGCCCAAUGUCAGAGCCCUUCUGGCUAAAAUACUACAGCGCACCCUGCUACAGAGAGAGUACUUUGUUAGCGGAGGGUGUGUCCAUAAGGAGGCGCUCCAAGCUGCUCUGUCAUCUCUUCAGGCUGAUUUAGACCCGGACGUGCAGUACUAUGCCUCACUCACACACACACACAUGCAGUAACACACACAGUCUCACAAGGAGCUUAACCAAAACAACACUACUACCUCCUCUGCUUACCACACACACACACACACACAGAGCACCACCAAGCACCAGCUUACUCACAAAAAUAGCCUGAAGACCAGAGGGGAGUGCCCCGCUGCUGGAGAAGAUGUGUGAGGACCUGAUUGAAGCCAGUCUGUCUUCCUUUGCUCCCCCUCCCCUCCCAGCUAACCUGAAGUCUUUAAGAAACGCACUAAGGAGGAGCAGCAUCCUGAUGAUGUCAUCACAUUCAAACAAACACAUGUCGAAUGGGCGUCCCCUCAGGGCGGCACUGCAUUCAUACACAGACCCACACAAAGCAUCUGUCUGCCUGUUUGUCUGUCUGUCUGUCUGUCUGUCUGUCUGCCUGUCUGCCUGUGUCGGUGUGUGUGUCUAUCUGUCUGUCUGCCUGUCUGUCUGCCUGUCUGUCUGCCUGCCUGUGUCGGUGUGUGUGUGUGUCUGUCUGUCUGCCUGUCUGUCUGCCUGUUUGUCUGUCUGCCUGUGUCGGUGUGUGUGUGUGUGUGUCUGUCUGCCUGUUUGUCUGCCUG